AUGAAUAUUGGUAUUAAAAAUAUUAAUAAAAAUGAUGAAAAGAACUAUUCUAACAUGACCAAUGAAGAAAAAAUUAAUUUUAAAAGAAGAAUAAUAUUAGAUGGAUUAAAUUUUUCACAAAAUUUUUCUUACUCAAACUUUGCAUAUUAUGAAAAUUUAUCAUCUAUCUAUGCAGGGCAUAUGGAAGAAUUAAAUAAUAUUGAAGUGAUGGUGAAAGAAAUAAAUCUAGAUGUAAAUAAAAAAAAGGAAUUAUUAGAAUUAGCAAGACAAGAAAUUCCUUUAUUUUACUUUCCCCUUAAUAAUAUGUAUAGUGAAUCAGAAUUAAGAUAUUUUGAAAAUUGCAUUUUACCAUAUGUUAAUAAGCAAAAAGAAAUUAAUGAAAUAAAAAAAAUCCUAUUUAAUUCAUAUCAAAAUUAUGUUAUCUACAAUGAUAUAUAUGAACUAUGGACAGAAGAAUUAGACACUCUACAGAAGUUCAUUAUUUUCGAAACUUUUAAUAAUAAAAAUAAGCAUCUAACUAAUAAAGAACAAAGUGACAGAAAAGAGCAAGUUCAUUUAAACAAAAUUGAAAAAAUAAAAAGGAGGAUCAAAAUGCAUAUAUCUAAGGAUAACAAUAUUGUUCUUAAUGAGGAAAAGACAAAUAUAAACACAAAUAAAAAUGAAAAAAUUAAAAGUACCCCCAUAAACUUUGACGACUGGAUAUAA